GCAGUGAACUCGAAAAUGGCCCGUACCAAGCAAACCGCUCGGUAAUCGACUGGUGGCAAGGCGCCACGCAAACAACUGGCUACUAAGGCCGCUCGCAAGAACGCCCCAGCCACCGGAGGCGUGAAGAAGCCCCAUCGGUAUCGCCCUGGAACGGUUGCCCUGCGUGAGAUCCGUCGAUACCAGAAGAGUACCGAGCUCCUGAUCCGCAAGCUGCCUUUCCAGCGUCUGGUGCGUGAAAUCGCUCAGGAUGACCUGCGAUUCCAGAGCUCGGCGGUGAUGGCUCUGCAGGAAGCUAGCGAGGCCUAUCUGGUUGGCCUCUUUGAAGAUACCAACUUGUGCGCCAUUCAUGCCAAGCGUGUCACCAUCAUGCCCAAAGACAUCCAGUUGGCCCGUCGCAUUCGCGGCGAGCGUGCUUUUGCAACGGCCGCUUCCCCAGUGGCUGCCCCGUCAGCGCCAGUUGAGAAGAAGGUGGCCACCAAAAAGGCAUCUGGAUCCGCUGCCCCAAAGGUGAAAAAGGGUGCUGCCCCGCCACCGCAUCCGCCAACUCAACAAAAGGUGGACGCAUCCAUCAAGAAUUUGAAGGAACGUGGCGGCUCAUCGCUUUUGGCAAUCAAGAAAUACAUCACUGCCACCUAUAAAUGCGAUGCCCAGAAGCUUGCUCCAUUCAUCAAGAAAUACUUGAAAUCGGCCGUGGUAAAUGGAAAGCUGAUCCAAACAAGGGGAAAUGGGGCGUCUGGCUCAUUUAAACUGUCGGCCUCCGCCAAGAAGGAUCCGAAGCCGAAGCCUGCGUCUGCUGAGAAGAAGCCCAAGGCUAAGAAGGCUGUUGCCACCAAAAAGACCGCAGAGAAGAAGAAAACCGAGAAGGCGAAGGCCAAGGAUGCCAAGAAAACUGGAACCUUCCCAGUGGGCCGUAUUCACCGUUUGCUCCGCAAGGGCAACUAUGCCGAGCGAGUUGGGGCCGGCGCUCCAGUUUACCUGGCUGCUGUGAUGGAAUAUCUGGCCGCUGAGGUUCUCGAAUUGGCUGGCAAUGCUGCUCGUGACAACAAGAAGACUAGGAUUAUUCCUCGUCAUCUGCAGCUGGCCAUCCGCAACGACGAGGAGUUGAACAAACUGCUCUCCGGCGUCACCAUUGCCCAGGCAGUGAACUCGAAAAUGGCCCGUACCAAGCAAACCGCUCGGAAAUCGACUGGUGGCAAGGCGCCACGCAAACAACUGGCUACUAAGGCCGCUCGCAAGAGCGCCCCAGCCACCGGAGGCGUGAAGAAGCCCCAUCGGUAUCGCCCUGGAACGGUUGCCCUGCGUGAGAUCCGUCGAUACCAGAAGAGUACCGAGCUCCUGAUCCGCAAGCUGCCUUUCCAGCGUCUGGUGCGUGAAAUCGCUCAGGACUUCAAGACUGACCUGCGAUUCCAGAGCUCGGCGGUGAUGGCUCUGCAGGAAGCUAGCGAGGCCUAUCUGGUUGGCCUCUUUGAAGAUACCAACUUGUGCGCCAUUCAUGCCAAGCGUGUCACCAUCAUGCCCAAAGACAUCCAGUUGGCCCGUCGCAUUCGCGGCGAGCGUGCUUAAGUGGCUGCCAAUGCGCUAACAUACUUUGUACAAAUCGGUCCUUUUCAGGACCACAAAUUUCAAUCAAUGAGAUACUAAUUUUUAUCUGCAGGCUUCAACCUUAAAAUAAAGAAAUUAACUUUUCGUCCCGUUCCUUCGUAAGUGAAAUUAUUAAUUGUUUGUAACUUUUAGUGAUUUGAUAAAAUUAAUAAAUAGUCGGAACUCGUCGUUCGAUUAGGA